AUGGGGAUCCCACUAACACCCGCCCCGUCUUUCAUUUGUCACCUUUUUGUCGCGGUGAACGCUCCCAUAGACUUGGGACAGGGGCGCGCUCGUCUCGCACGCCGCCGGUUUAGAACACAACAUUUAUCUCUAUACACCUUUGCUUGUAUUUUUUACACCAUCAGCUUAUUAUUCUUUCGGACUGUGGCCGCUGGAGGCUUGUCAAGUUACUGUCUUGAGAAGACGAUUUCUUUUCUGACUUAA